GCGUCAGGCUGCGCUCCGACCGCUCGGCACGGGGCAGCGCUUCGGGGGCACCGCUCCGCCCGCGCCCUCCCGGAACUUUUAGGGCCUUUUUUUUAUUAUUUUUCCGCCGUUUCUUCCCCCGGUGCCGCCGGAGGCAGCCGAGCUCUGAUCGCAACGGGAUCCGCGGGGCAGCGCUCCGGGCUCGGCCGCAUGGAGCCGCAGCCCGGCGCUCGGAGCUGCAGCCGCGGGGCCGCCCCCUGCGACCCUCUCCCCGCGGAGCGCCCCGUCCACCUCUGCAUCCACACCACGACCGGAGCGCGUUACGAAGUGGCCGUUCCUCCGGACGAGACGGUGGAGGGGCUGAAACGGCGGCUGUCGCAGCGCCUUAAGGUGCCCAAGGAGCGCCUGGCGCUGCUGCACAAAGACAGCCGCCUCAGCUCCGGGAAGCUGCAGGACCUGGGGGUGGUGGAAGGCAGCAAACUGACGCUGGUGCCCACCGUGGAGGCCGGCCUGAUGUCCCAGGCAUCCAGGCCGGAGCAAUCGGUGAUGCAAGCGCUGGAAAGCUUAACUGAAACUCAGGUGAGCGGCUGCGAGACAAAGAGCUCCAUGGGAAGGGGCUGCCGUGGCCCCUCCCGGCCCCAUCCCGUCCCCUCCUCCCCUCCCCUCCCCGCGGUCCCCUCCGGGAGGGGUGGCAGUGCUGAGGGUGGUGCCCGGGGCGGUCGCCGUCACUGGGUGUGGGGAGGUCCCACGCUGCGCCCGCAGCCCAAACAGCCUCGAGUUGUUGGGGGGGGGUGUGGGGGGUGUGGGGCUGUGACUCAGCCAAGGUCAUCCAGCAGGCGGUGGGGGGGCUGGGAUGGAGGCGGGGGACGGGGGGGGGGGCUGUGGCCACCUACCCUCCGGUGCAGGGAGCUCAUGGCUCUGGGAGGCUCUGAGCCCUCUCCUUGAUGGAGAUGGGGGGGGGGAAGGACUGAGUGCUGCGCUGCUCUCCCUGCGCCGGGGUUACCGUCGCCGUGCAGUUUGGCUGUGCCAUGGG